UACCUUGUGAACUGCAACAGAGAGAGAAGCAACUCUUCUGCAACCAUGACGAGUGUCGUAGUGAAGAUGCUGUGCCUUCUGCUCUGUGCAGUUUUCGCCUCGGCUGAUGUCAUGCCUAUGACUGACUUCGACCUGCAAAAGAUGGGAGGAAAGUGGUAUCUGGUUGGCAUUGCUACAAACGCAAAAUGGUUUGCAAGUAAAAAGGUUGACAUGAAGAUGGGAACUGCCAUGCUGGUGCCCACCGAGGACGGAGACCUUGAACUCAAUUGCAAUAAACCAAAGAGUGAUGGUACCUGCUGGACAAUGACAAACCUCGCCAAGAAAACCGAGACCCCUGGAAGAUUUGUUUUCUUCAGCCAGCGUUGGAAAAAUGACAAUGAUUUGCGCGUGGUUGAUGCCCAAUUUGACAAGUACGCCGUUAUGCAUGUCAUCAAAACCAAAGCAGGAGAAUCUGAUAUCCUCAACAAACUCCUCAGUCGCACUCCAGAAAUUGCUGAUGACUUGAAGGAGAAGUUCAGGCAGUUCUGUCGGGACACUGGCAUCCUUGAUGAAAACAUUCUUCUACUUCCACCAGGCAGAGAAUGCUCAGUUACCGCAUAAUCGCCUCAUCAAGCGAAGACAAAGACAGCUUCAGGCGGUUCCAGUCAU